AAAUACCAGUUUAUCGUCUCGCUCUACGUAGACUGGAACCGGUCCACGGGUUAUGCCGCUUGUGGCAAUGACAUACGCUAUAUAUGCCAACUCUCAUGCGACAUCGAAAUAAAAUAUAUUAUGUUCUGACCAAAAUGUCGUACUUUCUACUACUUUUAGACAAAUGAAAAACGUAAUCACGUGACAAUCAAUAUUGUUAUUGAUAUAUGAGGCAUAAUAGAACAGCAUGGCGGACAAUGACCGUUCCUCUCCCGUUUCGGACGAAUCAACAACGACGCACGCGCCGUCAGAUGCAGACAAGGCGGCAACGUCGGUUGAUUCAAGAAAUACAGUUGUCGAGAAAACGACCACGAUGGAUUUCAAAGUGCCAGUUAACAUGCUGAUGUCACCAGUGCCAACAACAAGCGAUCUUAUAUCGGAUGUUAAAAUUAAACAAGAAUCCAGUUCUUCAGAAAAAGACAGGAAAGCAAACGAAAAUAAUGCAACAGAAGACUCUUCAGGACAAAACACAAACAAUAAAAAGAAGACUGACACGACAUCAAAUGCUUCAGGCUUUUCUCCUGCUGAACAAUUGAGGAAUGCGCAGGUUACUAUUCCGUACAAAGAACCUUCAUGGAGUGGACUGUGCGACGAGUCUUAUCAGUUUGAAGUGCUGAAAAAUGGUUCUAUUAUUGAUAACAUUGAUCUGACAAAACAACCAUUCUAUGUUUUUGGACGAUUACCAAGCUGUGAUGUAACAAUGGAACAUCCUUCCUUAUCUCGUUACCACGCUGUUAUACAAUUUUCAACUAGUGACAGUGAAAAAAGAGAGAAAGGGUGGUAUCUGUAUGAUUUAGAUAGCACACAUGGAACUUGGAUAAACAAAGUUAAAGUAAAGCCUAAAGUAUACAACAGAGUUCGAGUGGGCCAUGUUGUGAAAUUCGGAGGAAGUUCUAGGCUGCACAUACUCCAGGGUCCAGAUGAUGACAAGGAGGAGGAAUCUGAUUUGAGUGUGACCGAGAUAAAGGAACAGAGAGAACGACAGAAAAAGGAAGCAGAGGUGCUCCACCAGGCAGAACUGAUAGAGGAAGAAACUAGAAUGCAGAAGGAGAAACAGAGGCUAGAAGACAAGGGCUGCACAUGGGGAAUAGAUGAAGAUGCUGAAGAAGCUAAUGAAGACAGUCCGUUCAUGCCGUCUUCAAUAAUACCAGAAAAUGAACAUCUCUAUAUUGAUGAUCCUAAGAAAGCACUCAAAGGCUACUUUGAGAGAGAAGGAUAUGAUUUACCGGAAUACCAGUUUGUGGAGAGCGGACAAGGAAAACACAAGUGUAUGGUGGAGCUGCCUGUAGAUACCCCGACUGGGGAGCCGGUUGUCGCAGAGGUGGUGGUGUCGGGGAAGAGGAAAGAUGCCGUUGUUGCCUGCGCACUGGAGGCAUGUCGCUUGCUGGACAAGCAUGGGGAGCUUCGGAAGUCAAAACAUGAAAGUCACAAGAGGAAAGCAAAAAACUGGGAAGACAAUGAUUUCUAUGACAGUGAUGAAGAUACGUUCUUAGAUCGGACCGGUACCAUAGAGAAGAAACGUGUGCAGAGAAUGAAGAAAGCAGGGAAGAUAGAAGACAAGGCAGAGACAUACGAUUCCCUUAUGACGAAACAUACUAGUAUAUCCAAGGAAAUUGAAGAAAUUGAAGCCAAGCUAGAGAAGGCAAAAGCAGACGCUGCUGCUUUUGAUAGUGAGGAAGUGGAUGCUCUAGAUGCCUACAUGUCUGCAAUCAAAUCGGGUGUCAUGGAUACGAAGACAAAGAUGAAGCUCAAACGUCAGCUGAUUGAGUUGAAGCAGGAAGAACAGAAGCUACGAAGACUAGUCAAUCUAGCGAAGCCUGCUGCACUCCCAGAACUCAAGAAACCAGUCCCCCCUCCACCGAAGCCUGUGGUGAAAGCUGCUGUCCCUUCAGUUGGGAAGAUUCAUGUGGGACCCAAGAAACACUUGCCAUUGGUGCCUACACAAACAACAAGUGCAAUAUCGGGAGAUGCUGGUGAGGAAGAAGAAGAAGAGGAGGAAGAGGAUGUUACAUCUACGAACUGUAACAGGAACACCUCUGUAGCUGGUAGUGAGAGACUGCAGCCCGAGGAGCCGGACAGUACGUCAGGCAGGGUUAAAGCUCCUGCCAAGCAGACUCCUUCCAACCAAUCAACUGAGAGCGUGUCCUCAAGCACUGUUAAAGGUCCUGCAAUGCCUCCGCCCCCUUCAGCUCCCAGCCAACCAGCAGAGAGUGUGACGUCUAGCUGCGUCAAAGCACAUGGCAAGUCCUUUCAGGUUCCUGCUGGUUCCGGAGACCCUGACAGUACAGAGGAGCAAAGUCAAAAGAAUGUUGAUACAAAAUCCAAGAAACGAUCGUCUCUGGAAGAUGUCAAGGUGAAGAGCAAGAAGCCAAAGACUGGUGGCAGGGGGAGGACCGGGGGCUAUGAUGACACAGAUCCAGACUAUGCUGUGUGGAUGCCACCACAAGGUCAGAGUGGUGAUGGCAAGACCCAUCUGAAUGCAAAAUAUGGAUACUGAUCGAUGUCACACGCUUCAAAGACUUUGUGGGUGCUUAACUUAGUCAACAGAUGUUUAUAUGGUUCCUUGGCAAUUGUAUAGUUUUGUACAGAUAUGUGAAUAAAAUGAAAAAAGAGUGCAGCC